AUGCUAAAGAAAAUCAGAAAGUACCACAAACUAUUAGACCACAAAUUGAGUUGGGCAACUGCAACAAAUGAUGGAGAUAAAGCAGGAGAAGAUAGGAAGGUAGAAGUAGAAGAAGAAGAACAUAAAGAUGAAAUAGGUCUACUUCAAAGUCAUAACCCAUAUUCAGAGAACUGGGUUGCUGAAAUUGGAGUAGAUAAAGAUGAAACUCUGUUUCAACCACAGGUGCAACGGCUACAAUCACCUUUACUGUUACCACCAUCUCUACCAACAGCAUUAUCAACAGCGCUAUCAUCACCACCACCACCAACACUAGCAUUUCAACAACUCCAUAGACGUAAUUAUACAAAUAUGGUUAAACAAAAGUUGCGGAAGUUCUUCAUGACAAAGAAAAGAUAUCGAAAAUAUUUAAAAAACAGAAUUAGAGUCAUUGCAUAUGAUACAACUGCUUUGCUUGAUUAUCAAAAUGUUGCACCUGCUCGACAUGUAACUACGAAUUUGGCUAUACCAGAGUUUACCCAUCAAUGUUUGAAACGAAUUGAGAAAGCUGACCUCGGUGUAAAUAUUCCACUACAGCAGCAACAUCCAUUUCGUUGUCCCAUCACUACAUCUUGUAAAUCAUCAAUAAACUCACUCUUUGAUAAGAGUGAUAAUGAGGGUAACUUAUUGUUCCGCGCUACUGGAGUCAUGACAGCCGAGUCUGCCAUGAGCAAUGGGUAG